AAGUUUAAAAUGCUCCACUGCUCAGGCUGCUUUGCUGCCUUGUGGGUCAGAGAGGAGCUUCUGCAGUCUGAGCCAGCUGUUUGCUAUUUUAGGUGACAUCGAUGGAGACCUUGUUUUGGGGGGUUAACCUCCUCGUUGGACUCUUUCUGUCAGGACUCUGCGUUCGAUCGUCUUUGGCUUUUCCGCCUGCACAUCACACACAACAUGCUUUGUUUCACAGACCUCAGCUCACGCAGAGCCACAACUCCAAACACACUGCACACAAGGCUCCAGCUGAGGAACGAGAGCAGGUGAAUACUGUCAGAGUGACCUGCUACCCAGACUCGCUGGAUAUUGUGAUCAAAGCUGACCUGUUUAGAGUUGGAGCUCCUGUUAACAGUGAGGAGUUACGACUUGGAGUGGAGCACAAUGAUUUCUGUAGAGCCACAGCGUCUUCAGGAGACGAGUACAGAAUUGUUGUUGGACUUGCAGACUGCGGCACUAAACACUGGAUGACUGAAGACUCUCUGGUCUACACAAACCUCCUCAUAUACUCUCCUGUGGCCUCUCCAGACGGGCUGAUUCGAAUGGAUGAGGCUGUAGUUCCAAUUGAGUGUCAUUAUGAAAGGAAGUACAGUUUGUCCAGUUCUUCAAUCACGCCCACCUGGAUCCCCUUCAUGUCCACCCAAGCUGCAGUGGAAACCUUGGAGUUUGACCUGAGACUUAUGACAAAUGACUGGCUUUAUGAAAGAAGCUCUAACGUAUUUUACCUCGGUGAGUCCAUCAGCAUCGAGGCCUCGGUCAGAGUCGGACACCACAUGGGGCUGAAAGUGUUUGUGAGCAGCUGCGUGGCUACACUCGACCCAGACAUAUACUCUGUUCCCAGAUACAUCUUUGUCGAGAAUGGGUGUUUGGUUGACUCGCAGCUUCCUGGUUCAAAGUCUCACUUUUUACCCAGGAUACAGGAUGACAAGCUUCACUUUGUUAUGGAUGCAUUUAGGUUUCAUAAUGAGGACAAAGGAGAGCUCUACAUCACAUGUCACCUGAAUGCUGUACCAGUAAAUGAUGCAGAGGCACCAAAUAAGGCCUGCACUUUAAUAAAUGGAAGAUGGCGGUCAGCUGAUGGUAAUGACUAUCUGUGUGGAUACUGUCAAAGCCAAAAUGAAGUUAGCCAAACCCACAGUAAGCCCAGCAGCCAUGGCAAGUUUGGUCCUCGUGGGUUUGGGAAGCCAGAUGAGCCUGAAUCCUUAUGGAGAAGUGGGUUGAGGACCAAUAAAGUGUGGGAACAAGAGGCAAAAGUGGGCCCACUGUUGGUGUUGCCAGCUAAACAGAAGAGUGGGCCUCUACCUGUGGAAGACCUCCCUCCUGUUCUCAGUAAAAUCAGCAGACCUGCCCUCUACGGCAGCCAGUGGAGAAGUGGAAUGAACAACAGAGUUGAUCUGGAGAAGGGACUGCUUCCUGAUCCACCAUCUAUUCCAGAUGAGGUGGAGGAGAAAGAGGAUGACAGAAGUGGAGCAGAUCUAAAAGGCGAAGAUGCAGAAGAUGAAGUUGCUGCACCUCUAGAAAAGGUGGCCGCAGAGGUCACGUUGAAACCCAAGGCUUCAGCACUAGACCGUAACACCACAGCAGCCCCCAGCACAGUCCUCACCACCACCACCACCACUGCUCCAGUUAAGCUGGAUGUGACUUCAGUGGCAAAUGCCACAGCUACAGAAUCUGAUCAUUCAGACAAAGAUGACCCAAAGCGAAAAUAAACAAUUUAAAACUAA